AUGGAGCAAACAAUGGACAUGAGAGCCCCUCACACCCACUUCGACAUGUCCUCAGAACACCACCACCCCCACUCCCACACCGACAUGCAACCCUCCACCCCUCCAAUGCCCAUGGAAAAGGCUCCCCCCGCCUCCGCCGGCCACAACAUGCACCCCGACGACCCCGAUAACCCGCAAAACGCCCCUCUCUUCCACAAAAUUCACGCCUCCCUCUCCUCCUCCGCCUUCGCCUUCAUGAUCCUCUUCGGCGCCACAGCCUACACCUCCUCCCUCGCGGGCGUCCAAGCCCGCUUCUCCGUCAGCAUGACCGUCUCCAUCCUCCCCUUCUCCCUCUACUUCUGGGGCAUCGCCUUCGCCCCAAUCUACACCCCGCACGUCUCGGAGCGCUACGGCCGGCGGCCCGUCUACCUCGUCUCGCUCCCUUUAUUCGCGAUCUUCAUCCUGGGCGCCAGCGUCUCGCAAUCCUUCGCCGCACUCUGCAUAACGCGCUUUUUGGCCGGGCUCGCAGGCGGGCCGUGCGUGGUGCUCAUCGAAGGCACAUUCGCGGAUGUCUGGUCCGCCAAAACCACAGUGACAUACUACGUUUUCCUCACCUGCGCGUCGUUUGUGGGCGCCGGCGCCGGCGCGAUCGUCGGGAACUACAUCUUCGUCUACGGCGGCUGGCGCUGGACCCAGUGGAUCACGCUCAUCAUGGCCAUAGGCGCCUACCUCCUCGGCGUCAGCAUGCCGGAAACCUACCCGCGCGAGAUCCUGCGCGCGAGGGCCAAACGCACCAAGAUGCCGAUCAAGCUCGCGAAAGCGCAGUCGGGCGUCACGCUGAAGGAGAUGGCGACGCACACGCUGAUCAACCCGGUGAAAAUGCUCGUGGCCGAGCCGAUCGUCAUCCUGGCGUCUUGGUACGUGGCGUUCAUCUUCGCGGUGAUAUUCCAGUUCUUCAUCUCGAUUCCCGUCGUCUUGCAUCUCACCUACAACUUCACGCCGCACCAGAUCGCGCAGGCGUUCACGUCCGCGAUCAUCGGCACGGCGCUCGCUGCUUUCACCGCUACCAUUAUCGAUCUCGCGCCGAAGCUUAUCAGGAGGGAGAGCUGCGACAUGGAAGGCUCUCCGCCUAUGGAAGUGCUAGAACACCGCCUCCGCUCCGGCAUGCUCGGCGGCAUCCUCAUCACCGCCUCGCUCUUCUGGAUCGCUUGGGCUGCUAAACCUAAUAUCCACUACAUCGCGCCCAUCACGGGCACGGCGGUGUUCAUUUGGGGCUGCGCCCUCGCCCUGACUUCUAUCAUAUCGUACCUCUUCGACGCAUAUCCGGCGCCGGGGACAUUGGCUGCGCUUACGGCCGCCGCGUGCUUUCGCAUUAUCUUGGCGGGGCUGAUCCCGCUUGUGAUUAUUCAGAUGAUUAUGGGCCUUACGGGCGCGUGGGCUGUUAGUACGUUUGCGUUUAUUGGCGCGGUGGGGAUGGGUGUGCCUUGGGUUUUGUACUUUUUUGGGGCGGGGAUGAGGAGGAGGAGUGUGUAUGCUGCGAGGGAGAUGGCGGAGGUGGGAGCGGGGAUGGGAAAGGAGCAGAUGGGGGGCAGUGUGUGA